GCUCUCUUCUGCGCCCAGUCUCCGAGGAAUAAGCAGCAUGGUGGCAGAGCCCAUAAACAGCAUGGUGGCAGAGCCCAGAAGCAGCAUGGUUGCAGAAUGCAUAAACAGCAUAGUGACAGAGCCCAUAUGCAGCAUGGUGGCAGAGCCCAUAAACAGCAUGGUUGCUGAGCCCAUAAACAGCGUGGUGGCAGAUCCCAUAUGCAGCAUGGUGGCAGAUCCCAUAAACAGCAUGGUGGCAGAUCCCAUAUGCAGCAUGGUGGCAGAGCCUAUAAGCAGCAUGGUGGCAGAUCCCCUAUGCAGCAUAGUGGCAGAGCCCAGAAGCAGCAUGGUUGCAGAUCCCCUAUGCAGCAUGGUGGAAGAAUGCAUAAACAGCCUAGUGGCAGAGCCCAUAAACAGCGUAGAGGCAGAGCCCAGAAGCAGCAUGGUGGCAGAUCCCAUAUGCAGCAUGGUGGCAGAUCCCAUAUGCAGCAUGGUGGCAGAUCCCAUAAAUAGCAUGGUGGCAGAUCCCAUAUGCAGCAUGGUGGCAGAGCCUAUAAGCAGCAUGGUGGCAGAGCCCAUAAACAGCAUGGUGGCAGAGCCCAGAAGCAGCAUGGUGGCAGAGCCCAUAAACAGCAUGGUGGCAGAGCCCGUAAAUAGCAUAGUGACAGAGCCCAUAUGCAUCAUAGUGACAGAGCCCAUAUGCAGUGUGGUGGCAGAGCCCAUAAACAGCAUGGUUGCUGAGCCCAUAAACAGCAUGGUGGCAGAGUCCAUAAACAGCAUGUUUGCAGAACACAUAAGCAGCAUGGUGGCAGAGCCCAUAUGCAGCAUGGUCACAGAGCAUAUAUGCAGCAUGGUCACAGAGCACAUAAGCAGCAUGUUUACAGAGCACAUAAACAGCAUGUUUGCAGAACACAUAAGCAGCAUGGUGUCAGAGCACAUAUGCAGCACGGUCACGGAGCACAUAUGCAGCAUGGUCACAGAGCCCAUAAGCAGCAUGUUUGCAGAGCACAUAAACAGCAUGGUCACAGAGCCCAUAAACAGCAUGUUUGCAGAACACAUAAGAAGCAUGUUUGCAGAGCGCAUAAGCAGCAUGAUUGCAGAAUGCAUGAGCAGCAUGGCUGCAGAGGACAUAAGCAGCAUCAUUGUUGCAGAGCCCAAGAAAUGAUGAUACGUUGUAUUUAUGUCAGAAGCAAAACCAACAAGAGUGAAUUUUGUUUAACAAUACCUUGCUCUACCAAGUCAUCAUACUUUUAUUUUUACUGUGCUGAGUGAUUGCAUAGUAAGUUUAUACUUCUUAGCAGACUAAAGAUCUGAUAGGAUCCCCAACAGAACAGUUCAGAGAAACGGGAUCUGUUAUCUAAGAUGCAAAGGCCACAUUUCCCCCAAGCCAGUCAUUACGGAUUGCUACUGUUUUUAUGAAGACAUUUACUAGCACGGACAAAAUAGCGUCACUCUGCUCUCCACUCAACAGGGCUGGCCCCUCCCUAUCAGAGUUCCUUACCCUCUCCUGCUCCCCACUCUGCCAGCAGUUCACUGAGACAGAUGCAGAUACUUACAGCCAACCAAUGGACUGAGGUCGGGGACCCCCAUGCAGUGAUUUUUAUAGAAAGAAACUUCCUAAUGCCUAAACUGGCAUUCCUCAGAUCAAAACUAAUUACAGAGUUUCCGGUUGACCAGCAUUCAUAGGAAUGAAGACAAAGUCAGAGAUGGUGUGUCUGAGAAACUUCAAAAGGUGUAGACCUCCCGACUGAAGCAUAACUGAUUUGAUUCGUUUUUAUUCCUAUAUUUCUCCUCUCUACAAGGGAGUCAUGAUUACACUAACGGAGUUAAAAUGCUUAGCGGAUGCCCAGUCAUCCUACCACAUACUGAAGCCAUGGUGGGACGUCUUCUGGUAUUACAUCACCCUCAUCAUGCUGUUGGUGGCUGUGCUGGCUGGAGCCCUGCAGCUCACCCAGAGCAGGGUCCUGUGCUGUCUUCCCUGCAAGGUGGAAUUCGACAAUCAGUGCGCUGUGCCUUUGGACCUCCUGAAAGCCAGCGAGAACGCGUCUUCUAACUCAGGCCUGCUGUUCCCGCUGCCGCUCCGCAUCCAGAACGACCUGCACCGGCAGCAGUACUCCUACAUUGACGCCGUCUGCUAUGAGAAACAGCUCCACUGGUUCGCCAAGUUCUUCCCCUAUCUGGUGCUUCUGCACACCCUCAUCUUCGCAGCCUGCAGCAACUUCUGGCUUCACUACCCCAGCACCAGCUCCAGGCUGGAGCACUUUGUGUCCAUCCUCCACAAGUGCUUUGAUUCUCCAUGGACCACGCGAGCCCUGUCAGAAACAGUGGCCGAACAGUCAGUGAGGCCCCUGAAACUCUCCAAGUCCAAGACCUUGCUCUCCACCUCAGGGGGCUCUGCUGACACUGACACCAACAAGCAGUCAUUGCCCUACCCACAGCCAGGCUUGGAGUCACCUGGCAUAGAAAGCCCAACUUCUAGUGUCCUGGACAAGAAGGAGGGUGAACAAGCCAAAGCCAUCUUUGAAAAAGUGAAGAGGUUUCGCCUGCACGUGGAGCAGAGGGACAUCAUCUACCGAGUGUACCUGAAACAGAUAAUUGUCAAAGUCAUCCUGUUUGUCUUUAUUAUAACCUAUGUCCCGUACUUUCUCAGCUACAUAACUCUUGAAAUCGACUGUUCAAUCGAUGUGCAGGCAUUUACAGGCUAUAAGCGCUACCAGUGUGUCUACUCCUUGGCAGAAAUCUUUAAGGUCCUGGCUUCAUUUUAUGUCAUUCUGGUGAUGCUUUAUGGUCUCACGUCGACCUACAGCUUGUGGUGGAUGCUGAGGAGUUCCCUGAAGCAGUACUCCUUCGAGGCCCUCAGAGAGAAAAGCAAUUACAGCGAUAUCCCUGACGUCAAGAACGACUUUGCCUUCAUCCUCCAUCUGGCCGACCAGUACGAUCCCCUGUACUCCAAGCGCUUCUCCAUCUUCCUGUCGGAGGUCAGCGAGAACAAACUGAAGCAGAUCAACCUCAACAACGAGUGGACCGUGGAGAGACUGAAAAGCAAGCUUGUGAAAAACUCCCAGGACAAGAUUGAGCUGCACCUCUUCAUGCUCAACGGUCUUCCAGACAACGUCUUUGAGUUGACAGAGAUGGAAGUGCUGAGCCUGGAGCUCAUCCCUGAGGUCAAGCUGCCAGCUGCCGUCUCUCAGCUCACCAACCUCAGGGAGCUCCAUGUGUACCAUUCAUCCCUGGUGGUCGACCAUCCAGCCCUGGCCUUUCUAGAGGAGAACUUAAGAAUCCUCCGCCUGAAAUUUACCGAGAUGGGGAAGAUCCCACGCUGGGUGUUCCACCUGAAGAACCUCAAGGAACUGUACCUGUCGGGCUGCGUUCUCCCGGAGCAGCUAAGCUCUAUGCACCUGGAGGGCUUCCAGGACUUGAAGAACCUGAGGACCCUCUACUUGAAGAGCAGCCUGUCCCGGAUCCCUCAGGUGGUGACAGACCUGCUGCCCUCCCUGCAAAAGCUGUCCCUUGACAAUGAGGGAAGCAAGCUGGUUGUCCUGAACAACCUGAAGAAGAUGGUCAAUCUGAAAAGCCUGGAGCUCCUCAGCUGUGACCUGGAGCGGAUCCCCCACUCCAUUUUCAGCCUGAACAACCUGCAUGAGCUGGACCUGAAGGAGAACAACCUCAAGACAGUCGAGGAGAUCAUCAGCUUCCAGCACCUCCCGAGCCUCUCCUGCCUGAAGCUCUGGCACAAUAACAUCGCCUACAUCCCCGCGCAGAUCGGAGCGCUGUCCAACCUGGAGCAGCUCUUCCUGGGUCACAACAAUAUUGAGAGUCUGCCCUUGCAGCUUUUUCUAUGCACCAAACUACACUACCUGGAUCUAAGCUAUAACCAUCUGACCUUCAUUCCGGAGGAAAUCCAGUACCUGACCAACCUGCAGUACUUUGCUGUGACCAACAAUAACAUCGAGAUGCUACCAGAUGGGCUGUUCCAGUGCAAGAAGCUUCAGUGUUUACUCUUGGGAAGGAAUAGCCUAACAGAUUUGUCCCCUCUGGUGGGGGAGCUGUCAAACCUCACCCACCUGGAACUCAUUGGUAACUACCUGGAGACACUGCCUGUGGAGCUGGAAGGGUGUCAGUCCCUGAAACGGAGCUGUCUGAUUGUGGAGGACAGUCUGCUCAAUUCUCUUCCACUUCCUGUGACAGAACGUUUGCAGACUUGCUUAGACAAAUGUUAACCUAACGAUCAGACUCGAGGCGAAAGCGGUUCUAAAGCAAGGCCCCAGGAAAGAAGAAUGAACUUUCCUAAGUUAUAAAGAUGAGAGAUGGUCUUGUUUAUGAUUAUGAAACACCAUAACCAAAAAUCUUACCAAAUAACCCAGUGUCUGAAUCAAGCAGUAAAAAGAUAUCAACACCGGAGUUUUGUGAAAAACCGUUGUUUAAAUUAUUGAGAUGUUAAAAAGUAUACAUUGAAGGUGGAUUGAGAGGCAUGCCAUCAUGGAAACCUUACCUUUCAAGUCUUAUCUUCAGGACUCCAUUUCCCCACCCCCUCAACUCAUUACUUAUGUGCAUACAUGUUUUCAUAUGACCUUGUAAUCUGAUAUUUAACUCUGUAAAGACUCAUCAGUAUAAAUCUCCUUGAUGUAUGCUCACCACUGGCUUAGAUUUAUAUUGUUUUGUUUUUUUAAGCAGUGUGUAUCACACUGGGCAGAAUUCCACCUUGGCUCUUUUUCUCUGCUCUUUUCUCUUUUUGCUGGAGUCUUCAUCUGGGUUUCUCUUAUAGUCCUGGGAUAGCGCUGACAUUUGGCAUUUGCCUAGAACAGGAGCCAGGGAUUCCAGGACAUGUGAUCUGCUGAGCAUCCUAAAAAUUAAUGCAUUCUCAAAAUGUCUUCUUGUCUAUCAUCAAAGCCUUUUUUAAAUAUGUUAAGAAUUUUUAUAUGAAAUAUAAAAUAUUUUCUACUGUAUGAUCUCAGAUGCUAUAUCUGCGAGAACACGGUUUUGUAAGCAGUGAACAUGUGUAUCUCUGUAAGAAUUUUAAUGAUUCUUGGUUUGGGCUGACUAUGAUCCUCCUGUUUGUAUGCAUUCUGCUCCAAACACUUCUGUACUCUUGCACCUAAUUACUGCAACCAAUUUGGAUGACAAAAGCCUUGUGUUUUGCUCCCAAAUGUCUUUGUGGGUUUCCUCAUGAGAGGACAGGAGGGCUGCUGAAUCACCUACCUCUCCUUGCUGUUGUCCAAGAGUACGAGUACAACCCCUUGAUUACUUAAAAACUGGGACCAAGGGGAGAGGGCAAGAUCUAGAUUGGAAAAUUGAUUGGAAAUUUAGUAAGCAUUAAAUAAGAUGUAGGUUUUUCCCCCAUCUGCAUGAUCUCUCGAUAUGAUUAUGAUGGAAGCUGUCUAUUCAGAACCUAACUGAGCCCAGUAAACUGACAUCCAUCUCAUAGCCUGCCUUGUGACCCCUGGGACACAUCAUGCUCCCCUUGACAGAGAGCUUUGUGUUUGCCCUUUGUUAUCAUGCAUAUUGCUGAAUAAAUAAAAUGGACUGGCUCACACUGGGGAAGUGGA